CUAAUUGCAAAGACAAAUUCUCCAUCUUUUAAUAGUAGCAAAGCGCUUAAUAUGUUACAAACGCUCUAUACAAUUAACUAUAGGAGUAAAAAAGCAGGUUUAAAGGCCGCAGCGGUAGACAACGAAUACCUUCCUGCCUUCUUUCUCGACCUCCUGAUAGUCAUUGGCCGGCCAUUGAGACCUAUCACGCGGCCGACUGACCGAUUUUUUGACAACAUCACCAUAAGCUUUAAGAAUUGGCGGGCGUCGUACAGUGCUAAGCAUAUCCAUGGACUGCCAUUUGACCUAGAACACCGAACUUUCCGACUAGGCACAGCAGCGACA